GACAAGUACUGUAUGUCGUUAGGAAGCGCAAAGAAAUUCACAAGUAGCAUUCCUCUCGCUGUUUACAUCUACCAAUCUGCUCUAACCAAAAUUUCGGAGUCGCGCUCUCGCGACACAGUUUGGCUCAAUAUUGACGGACAUUGUCGAGUUUAGCUCAGACAUCGCUAUAGUAAAGCCGAGCCGGAAAACAUGGCCAUCCCUACUGCUGCUGCCGAUGCAACGACAGCCUUCAGGGAGUCGCAGCAGAAUGUUUCCGCACUCGAUCGCCCCAACGAGAUUGCCUUUCCAAUUGCUAUCGUCGGUAUGGCGGUGAGGCUUCCUGGAGGGGUGAACACUAUAGAGAAAUUCUGGGACAUGUUGAUCAACAAAAAAGAUGGCCACUGCAAGGUCCCAAAGACGAGAUAUGCAGCAGAAGCGUUUUACGAUGCCACCCGACCAGGUACCGUGAAGACCUGCCAUGGUUAUUUUCUACAAGAAGAUAUUGGUUACAUUGACCGGUCAUUUUUCUCCAUGAGCAAGACCGAGGCAGCAAAGCUGGAUCCUCAGCAGAGAUUGCUUUUAGAGGUCGUAUGGGAAUGCAUGGAGUCGGGUGGACAGACGAACUGGCGUGGACAAAGCAUAGGCUGCUACGUCGGUGUCUUUGGGGAAGAUUGGCUGGAAAUGUCUAGCAAGGAUACCCAACACAUGGACCGAUUUCACGUCGUAAGUGCAGGAGACUUUGCGCUCUCGAAUCGUGUGUCGUACGAAUACGAUCUACGGGGACCCAGUAUCACAUAUCGAACAGCUUGCUCAUCUUCUAUGGUCGCCCUGCACGAUGCCUGUCAGGCACUGUACAGUGGCGAAUGUUCCUCCGCUCUUGUCGCUGGAUCAAAUCUCAUAUUGACACCCACAAUGACCAUGUCCAUUUCCGACAACAUGAUCGUAUCAUCCGAUGGGAUUUGUAAGACGUUCGAUGCUUCCGCCGAUGGGUAUGGCCGGGGCGAAGCGAUUAAUGCUAUCUAUAUCAAGCCCUUGGCGGAAGCUCUGCGCCAAGGGGACCCUAUUCGUGCAGUAAUACGAUCCACUGCUGUGAAUUGCGAUGGAAGAACACCAAGCAUCACAACGCCUGGUUCAGAAGCUCAGGAGCGCCUCAUUCGACGUGCGUAUCAAAAGGCUGGUAUUGAGAACAUCUCCCAAACAGGGUUCUUUGAAUGCCACGGAACCGGAACCAUCGCUGGGGAUACGGCAGAGACAUCUGUCGUGGCCAAGGUCUUUCCUGAGGGUAUACACAUUGGAGCGGUCAAACCAAAUGUUGGCCAUUCAGAAGGUGCAUCAGGGCUGACUGCCAUUAUCAAGUCCGCCCUCGCACUCGAGAAGAGAAUUAUUCCCCCCAAUACGCAUUUCACGAACCCAAAUCCAUCGAUUCCAUUCCAAGAAGCAGGCCUAAAAGUGCCUCUAGACCCUGUCCCAUGGCCAGACAGUCGAUGUGAACGAGUCAGCGUGAAUUCUUUCGGGAUAGGCGGUACAAAUGCGCAUGUCAUCCUUGAAUCUUUCUCGUCCAUGGUUCCGAACCAGAAAGAACAAUCCGCUGGUGAAACAGGCCCUCAGGUCUUGGUUUUGUCUGCAAAAACUGGGAAGUCUUUGCAGAAUGCUAUUGAGCAUAUGAGAGAAUUUUCUGCGCAGGUGUCAUUUCCGGUGAAAGAUCUAGCCUAUACCCUAGGCUGCAGAAGGGAGCAUCUGGGGCAUCGAGCAUUCGCUAUCAUUGACCCCGAUGGGAAGGUUUCGGAUUUUGAGAAGGCCCGUGACUCGCCAGCGGGCAUCGCUUUUGUUUUUACUGGUCAAGGAGCACAAUGGGCUGGCAUGGGGAAAGAGUUAAUGUCCACGUCACCGAGCUUCCUAAACAGCAUCAGGUUCCUGGAUCAGCAGUUGUCGUCGCUGAAGGAUCCUCCGAACUGGACCUUGGAGGAGGAGCUGGCAAAGGAUGAUAACUCAAGCAGAAUUCAGCAACCUGAAUUCGCUCAACCGCUCUCUACGGCAGUGCAGCUGGCUCUGGUAGACCUUCUCCAAGAAUGGGGCGUACGACCGACAUCGGUCAUCGGUCACUCGAGUGGUGAGAUUGCAGCUGCAUAUGCUUCUGGUGCAAUGACUGCAGGUGUGGCACUGGCUGUAUCAUACUAUCGAGGCAAAGCCGUAAGUGAUGCAAACAUGAAGACUGGAGGCAUGGCUGCCGUUGGUCUUGCAGCCACCGCGGCCAGCAAAUACCUCCUCGGAGAUGUGGCCGUGGCGUGCGAUAAUAGCCCCCAAAGUGUGACCCUCUCCGGUACAUCAAGUGCUCUCGAUGAGGUCCUUGAGAAGCUUCAAGCAGAAGAACCAGAGACAUUUUACAAACGGCUCAACGUUUCUGUCGCUUAUCACUCUGAGAAUAUGAAGAAACCGGGUGUUACUUAUGAGCAAAUGAUGAAGCCUAUAAUAUCCCAUAACGACAACAUGAUACCGUUCUAUUCGACUGCAAGAGAAGAAGUUGUAAUGGAUCCGACCGUGCUGGACUCAUCAUAUUGGCGGGAGAAUCUGCAAUCCACUGUUUUGUUCAACGGUGCUGUUCAGCGCUUGCUCCGAGAAGCACCAUCACCGACGCUGUUUGUAGAGAUUGGUCCUCAUUCAACUCUCUCAAGCCCCCUACGCCAAAUUCUUCGAAAGCACGAUUCUGACCAAGCAUCCAAGUAUAUCCCGACCCUACUUUGUGGUCAGCCGCAGUCGAAGGCUCUCCUCAUGACUGCUGGUCGGCUUCAUAUUAAUGGAGCCCCUGUCAACCUAGCUGCGGUCAAUCAAACCCAGGGAGCUUCGAUCCUGAACGAUCUACCGGCCUAUCCAUGGCUGCACGAAGAAAGUUUCCUCAGCGAAACGAGGCUGGUUCGUGAGUGGAGAAACCCCAAAGAACCACAUCACGAGUUGCUAGGACCUCGGUCUUUGGAAUCGAGUGACUUGGAGCCUUCAUGGAGGAGGGUACUCUUUGCCGGACAUGUGCCCUGGUUGUGGGACCAUGUGUUGGGAAAGGAACUCGUAUUUCCGUGUGCCGGAUACAUUGCCAUGGCUGGUGAGGCAAUUCGGCAGACAACCGGGACGGAAGACUAUACAAUCCACAACUUGAGCAUGAAGACACCACUGGUGCUCAAAGAUGCCGAAGCCGCAGAGCUGGUGACUAGUCUCCGACCCACAAGGCUCACAAUAACGACUGAUUCUGCUUGGUAUGAGUUCACAAUCACAGCCUACCAGAACGGGACCUGGAAAAAGCACUGCACUGGGAAGGUGAGAGCCGGAAGUGUUAAACAACACGUCCCUCAUGGACGUGUUUCAUAUCCGCGUGUGCUUCCUUCCAAGACAUGGUACGAAGCAAUCAAAAGGCGCGGCAUGAAAUUUGGCCCCGAGUUCCGAAGACUGGAGAAUAUUUCUGCCAAUCCAUGUAGUCCUCAGGCCGGCGCCUUUGUCCAGCACAACGACGAGGGGGGGUCCAAAAGCACCAAUAUUUACGCUCUCCAUCCAACCAUAAUUGAUCAGAAUCUCCAAAUGCUCGGAGUUGCAAUGUGUCGCGGAUCUCCCCGUCAUAUGACAAAGCUUUGUAUGCCCGUGGCAAUCGAAAGCAUCUACAUCGCUCCAGGUCGUGGAACGAUGUUCAUUGAUGCCUCAUGCAACCCCACCGGUGAUUCUAUUAUUGGAAACGCAACGAUGAUCUCUGAGGACAAGGUUGUUCUUUCAAUCGAACGAGGCAUGCUUUUCGCCGUUGAAGAGCUGGAUGAGACCGAAAGAAAUGAUUCUCUCAUUGCCCGAAUCGACUGGAAACCACACAUUGACCUAGUCUCGCUGACUGAUGAGGUUCUGCCUAAAAUCCUGAAUAAUCGUGGCUUGUAUCUGUUGGAAGUUGUCCUUAGAUCGAUGAUCACAGCAACAGCAGAUAAGAUUCGAUCGUUGCAUCCAAAGACCGCCCAACUUGAAAAGUACCAACUCUGGGUCUGCUCCCAGGCAGAGGCAAUCGAACGCACCACGAGAAGCGCGAGCUCACUUUGUCAAGAGGAUAAUCUAACAGAUGUCACGAAGGAAAUUGAGAAAGACUACGUUGAAUUGGUGCCUCUCUUAAAAGUCGCACGCAAGAUUUCAAGGCUUUCACCUGUCCUAGUAGAGGGGAAUAUCAGCAUUGAGGAAAUGGGCAGUCCGCAAGAAGCACUGUCCCUUAUUUACAAGUCGUUGUCAUCGACCGCCGGGUGUGCCGACUUCUUUUCUCUCCUCGGCCAUUCCAACCCGAUGCUUCGAGUUCUGACCAUUGGCAUAGGGAAUGGGCUUGCAGUGACUCAAGCUUUAUGUGGACUCACGUCAAAAAACGGCACCCCCAUGUAUUCGAAGUGUAUAGUCACUGACAGAUCAGAAGACGAGAUCCGCCGUGCGAAAGAGACACUAUCUUGGGCUCCUGAGAUUCAGUACGAACCUCUUGACAUUGCCCGUAGCCCUCUUGAGCAGGGAUUUGCGGCCGAGAGCUACGAUCUUGUCAUUGCUUCAGAGGCAUUUGAUGCUGACAUGCCGAUGUCACCCACUCUGAAAAACAUCUUUACAUUACUUGCCCCGGGUGGUCGAGUUUUCCAUCAGGGGGUGUUUUCGAGCAUUCCUUUGGUCAAAUAUGUCAUGGGUAUCUUUUCUGAAUGGUGGCUUCAGCAAGAUCUGACUUAUGCCAAACCCUCCAUUACCCCAGAGCAAUGGCAGAAUGAACUCAAAGAAAAUGGUUUCCAAGAUUCUGACAUGUUGACACUGAACGACAAAUCAAUCUACCACGCGGGAACAACAAUUGCAUCGCGACCAUAUCCAUUGCUCAAGCCCAGUUCAAAGCAGAUCGCAAUACUAUAUCUGUCCACAAUUCCGGAGUGGGCUCAAGCCUUGGCAAAGAGCCUUGAGAAAGAUGGCCAGCUUGUGACCUGGGUUGCCUUUUCUCGCGAUCCUCUACCAGCAACAGGAGUGAUUUCAAUCAUAGACUUGGAGGGCCCGUUCUUUGACGAUCUCUCGUCAGAAAGGCUUUCCCAGUUCCAGCAGUUCGUCAGUCAGAUUAAGAACUCUUACAUUUUAUGGCUCACAGAGAGCACUCAAAUUUCCUGCAAAGACUCUCGAUUGGGCCUAAUUUUGGGAGUUGCCAGGACAAUCAGACACGAAGUGACACCGGAGUUUUAUACCUUUGAGAUCGACGACUUCGAUGACGCAUCUGUCAUGGCCACAACCCAGGUCAUAGAACACAUCAAUCGACAGCGGGAUUCCUCAGUACUUGACCCAGACCGUGAAUUUGCACUGGAGCAAGGAAAGAUUCACGUUAGCAGGGCCCAUUGGAUUGGUGCUUGCCAGGAGCUGUCCACGGCAAAACCUGCGGUCUGUGACAGUAAGUUCCUAGACAUUGGAUCGUAUGGACUAUUAAACACACUUGCAUGGUCUGAACGUGAGACCCGCGAUAUGCAAAGUCAUGAAGUUGAAGUCGACAUGAAAUACAUCGGACUAAAUUUCCGGGACAUGAUGGUCGCUCUUGGUGUGGUGGGUGACAGGAGUGAAUUUGGUGUCGAAGCCAGUGGUGUGGUUCGUCGAGUGGGCUCAUCAGUGGCACAUGUGAGCGUCGGUGACGCGGUUAUUGUCAUUGGCGAUGGGCUUUUGUGUACACGCAAAAUUGUCGCUGCGGAGCGGUGCUUCCCUCUUUCGAACGACAUCAGCUUGGAAGACGCGGCCACCGUAGCUUGUGUGUAUGGGACGGUUAUCCUGGCACUAAUCCAUAUUGGUGGUCUCCAGAAAGGUCAAUCCGUUUUGAUACAUUGUGGAUGUGGUGGAGUUGGACUAGCAGCCAUUCAAAUCUGUCAGAUGCUAGGGGCCGAGAUCUUUACCACUGUUGGCAAUGAUGACAAAGUUCAGUAUCUCAUGGACACAUUUGAAAUUCCUCGGAACCGCAUUUUUAGUUCUCGGGAUCCGUCGUUCUUACAUGGAGUGAUGGAACAAACUGGAAAUCGUGGAGUAGACCUUGUCCUCAACUCUCUUUCCGGUGAACUUCUGCACCUCUCCUGGAGAUGUGUGGCUAAAUUUGGGAAAAUGAUCGAGCUGGGAAAGCGCGACCUGCUGGGUUAUGGCCAGUUGGACAUGGAUGUUUUCGCAGGAAACAGGGCUUUCAUAGGGGUUGAUGCGAAGCAGAUCAUAGACGAAGACAUCAGCCACUUCCAAAGCAUCAUGCAAGAGUGUAUGGAAUUUCUCAGGCAAGGGAAGAUCAAGCCCAUUCGACCACUUACUGUUUUCGAUGCUGCGGAAGUUACCCAAGCUUUCCGCUUCAUGCAGACAGGCAGACAUAUGGGCAAAAUCCUUGUGAAAAUGCCGGACAAUACCUCGGAUUUGCAUGUUUCCCCCAUUUCAACAUUUAUCUCCCUUCCCUCGGAUGCCUCUAUCGUGAUCGUUGGGGGUUUGGGUGGCUUAGGUCGCACCGUGGCCACUUGGUUAGUCGAGAAGGGAGCGCGAGAUUUGGUAUUUCUCAGCCGAUCAGGAGGAAUGUCUCCCAGAGCUCAAUCGUUCUUAGACGAAAUUCGUAGUCAAGGUUGCUCAGUGACUGCAGUCGCUGGAGAUGUGGCCAAGAUGGAGGAUAUCCAACGCGCCUUAACGGCCUGCAAGAGCCGAAUUGCAGGGGUCAUUCAUAUGCCCAUGAUUUUGAAGGACCAAUUAUUGUCGAAAAUGACUCAUGAUGACUGGCACUCGGUGUUGGUUUCGAAGGUCCAAGGAACAUUGAAUUUGCAUAAUGCUCUCUGUGACAACAGACUGGACUUCUUUGUGUGUUUUGGCUCCCUGGCAGGUCUCUGUGGAAAUGCCGGUCAAACAAACUAUGCGGCAGCGAAUGCAUUCUUAGAUGCUUUUGUGCAGUAUCGCUUAGGACAAGGACUUGUAGCGAGUGUCAUUGACCUGGGUCUCAUGAGCGAUACAGGAUUUGCAUACGAAAAUGCACCCAAACUGAUCCAACGUGCCAAAUCGGCAUCGAUGCGAACUGUUGAAGAGAAUGAGCUAGUCCAGGCUCUAGAGUUGGCAAUUUGUCGAUCAGGUCAGAUAGCACUGGGCCUUGGAACCACAAAGCCCCUCUCUAAUCCUGGUGUCGUGCCACCUUGGACUCGAGACGCCCGCUAUUGCCUGUGGUCCAAUAUCGUCUCUGCCACCGAGACAGCCGCAUCUUCGUUGGACGGAGACCUUAAGGAGUUGAUGGAGUCCGUCAAAAGCAACCCGCAUAUAUUGGAUGACCCAACUACCAUAGAGAGAAUCUCCAAAGUUCUUGGUAUGGAAAUUGGAUCUCAUUUAGCAAACAUCGACGAGAUGGACGAGAAUGACAUAAACAACAUGGUGAUUGAGUCUUUGGCUAUGAUUGAAAUCCGCAGCUGGUAUCGCCGCCACCUCGGCUUGGAAUUGCCCCUCGUUGAGAUUUCAAAUGCGCAAACAAUAGGAGGUCUUGGAAAGGUGACAGUCCAGGCGCUACGUGCAAAGUACAAAGAAGCUACCGGCAUGGAGACUUCGGCGGUAGACAUUACCAUUGCAGAACAGGAGAAAGAUAUCCAGUAUCUUCAAGAUACGACACUCGGUCGACAUAUCCAACCUAUCUCAGACAAAGUUCCAGAAUGGUAUGCCAAAUCUGAAGGUCAUGUGCUUUUGAUAGGCGCAACCGGCUUUGUUGGCGCAUUCAUGUUGUCCAUGUUGGUCGCAUCACCCGAGGUAAAGACUGUCACUUGCCUGGUCCGCGCCGAGUGUACCACAACGGCGAUGAAACGACUCGAAAAAGCAUUUUCGAAACUCCGCCUUCCAAUGCAAUCCUGGGACAAGGUUCGAGCUGUCACCGGCGAUAUCACCCACGAAGACCUUCAUCUGGAAAUCACGGAGUUCGUGCGGCUAUCUAAGGAAUGCAGUGCUAUCUUCCACCUUGGCGCUGUUGUCAAUUACACUCUUCCAUAUUCUGCACAUCGGACCACGAACGUCUUAGGUCUUUUCAACGUCCUGAAAUUUGCCAAUACGCAUCGUCUCAAGGCUGUUCAUUACUUCUCGGGCAUGGCAGCAUAUGGCCCAACUGGCUUCCUGAGUGGCCCCACAUACGUGCCUGAAAACGAGAGACCAGUAGCUGGCUCCGGGUCUUUGCGCCACCAUACUGGCUACUCGCUCAGCAAAUAUGUGGCAGAAUGCAUCGCAUGGGAAGCCAUUUCAAAUGGAUUCCCCCUCGCAAUCCAUCGAGCCGGCUUCGUUCUGGGGCACAGUGUAACAGGGAUCGGAAAUGCAGAUGAUGCGGUCAAUCGACUGAUGUCGACAUGUAUCAGCCUGGGUGCAUACCCGAUUCCUCCGGCUCAGCGCAAUUGCUUCGUUCCCGUUGACUUUGUGUGCUCAGCGGCUUUGCAUAUAUCUCGGUCCAACAAUAAUCUCGGCCAAGCGUACAACUUGAUUCAUCCUGAUCAAGAUCAGAAUAUUGACCUAUCCACAACAUUCCACAUGCUCAGUCAAUUAGCCUCAACACCACUUCGCGCUGUCGAAAUUUCGGAAUGGGCAGAGCUGAUGUCAAAAGCAAUUGGCCAUCGCCUGAGUGGCAUUGCCCCAAUAAUUACGGAAAAAUUAACUGAAGGCUCGAUCUGGUGGAGCAACAAGCAGGACUCGAUGGUGAUUCAUGGAACCGAAAAUCUUCACAAAGCUUUAGGAGAUCGAACGGACCUUUUGAACUGUAAGACGAUGUAUGAACUUAUGGAGGUAUAUUUCGUGCAGUGGAGCCAGCUUUCAGAAUCCGGUAUCUUGAUACAUGAAACCUGAUCCCUGUGGUAUCUUUUUUUUGAUCGUGUUACUAGCUGGAUGAAAAGUUAGCUCAAUUGCAAAAAACCGGGCCUGACUAGCAUAGAUCCCGCUCCACUCGUUAAAGCAUUAUCCGACUGAAUAGAUAAUUCUUUUAUUGAUCAUAGCCUAAAGAUAGCCCAGAG